AGUCGAGGCUUUCCGGCCAGAAGGCAUAUCCCUUGUGAAAUGGCGUGUAGAACACUGACAGUUGGACGACAGCUCUUGUCAGAUGUAAUACCAAUUCAUCAAAGACUCAGACAUACCUGGACUAAUUUGCAGCAAAAUUACUAUCAUGGCAUUAGCGUGACUGUAGGUUCAGGGAGGUUGCUGUCAUCAGCAUAUGGAAAUAUAGGGAAUAACUGUUUUUUUGUGUCUCAAUAUCAUGUAAGCUGCCACCAGGGAGGGAGAAGAACUUCCAGUGACUCAUUUGUCAAGAGAAGACCUCUUGUUGAUUCCCAGUUAUCACAGACUUUAUCUAAUGGUGCAGCUAAGAAGUAUAGGGGUAAUAGUGGAAUGCCAUUUAGUCAUGAACCUAAUGUGUUGACUCAAGUAGUCAAUAAUAAUGUCACUUUAUUAAGUGGCACAUCACAGGCUACUAGAAACAUAUCACAAGGUAGAAAUGACUUCUCUAGCAUCCACAAUCGAAUAUCUUCCUUACAAGCAAAGAAAAGAGUUCAGCGGAAGAAGAAGCAGGUUUCCACAGAGUCUGAUGAGGCUCAGGAGACAGUAGCAGGCUUUGCUCCCUUGGCACGGCACAAGUUCCUUACUUUUGAUCCCGACUUUUCUCUACCCGAAGUCCAAGUUCACAGACCGCCACCCCGAGAAUGGCAAGUCACCGCUUAUGCAACGGCAGAUGAAUAUGACUUAAAUGAACUUCUGGAUGGCCUAACGCAUCAAGGUCUCUACGUCUCAGCUGGCAUUAAUCCAGGUAACACCCAUAAUGAUAAGAUGAGUACGGCACCUGGAAUGCACUCUGACAGCCAUGCACACUUGUCGUCAAAGUCUGGGUCUCAUGCCCCUUCACAUUCUGUACCAGAUGCCAGUGAUGUCUUGCACAUGGUGGCCACGUAUCGAGUAGAAACAGAAAACCGCGAGAUCUACUUUUUUCGAGAGGGUUCAGUCGUAUUCUGGAACGUACCUGAAAUAGAGCGAGACAACGUCCUCCGUUUUUUGAAGAAAUAUGAGACUGGAAGAUAUGAUGCAGAAGCUGUGGAGGAGGAGUGUGAGAGCCUGACAUAUGCCUACAGCGAUUUACCGACCAAAACAAGAUUGGUGAAGGACAAAAUCAUUCUGAAUACUGAGGGACAAACAGAUUUAGAAAAGUAUACAUUCAGCAAUGCUAUGGCCAUGUCUGUGAAAUUAGGAAUCUGGGAAUCCUCACUGGACAAGUAUAUAGAAAAGAUUGAAUAUGUAUCGGAGGAGCUGAGUAAAACUGGCCGUGUGGUACUGACACAAGACCAGGUCCUGCAGAAGAUGGGCCAGUUGUUUGCCCUGCGUCACCUCAUUAACCUGAGCUCUGACCUCCUUGACACCCCGGACUUCUACUGGGACCAUGCCGAGUUGGAGCAGCUCUACCAGAAGAUGGCCAACCACCUUAACAUUUCCAAGCGCACCUCGGUGAUGAAUGUGAAGCUCGGCCACUGCGUUGAGCUAAUGGAACUGCUGAAGAGUCACUUGAAUGAGAAGCAUUCGGCGCGGCUGGAGUGGAUCAUCAUUAUCCUUAUCAUGGUUGAAGUUGGUUUUGAACUUUUGCAUUACAUUGAACGUCUUCUUUAAAUAGCCAUGGGGUUACCCUCCCUCAUAUGCAUAUUGUAUGCUUUGCUCUUGGUCUUAUUAAUGCAAGCACACAUACCUGUAAGUAUUCUGUAUAUAUGAUUUUUUUUUACGUGUGUCGGUUUUCAAUUGGAAAAGCACAAAUUACCUGUAGAAAUGGACUUUUCAGUAAACACUAAUAGUGUAUCAUUCCAAAUAUUCUCAGCUUUUUGUAAUGAUUCCAAGUCCUGUUUUGUACUUAGUGUAAAGUGAUAUUAUAGCCACUAAGAGAAAAAAUUAAUAUGUUAAACCUUUAUAUAUGAAGAACUGAAAAAGUGAUAUAAGCUGGGAACAUCAUAGUCAGAUUUUUGGUUCUCAUUUCAUUGUCUUUCAUGUUUUAGGAGAUUUGUUUUCUUAUCUCUACUAUAAAACUGUGUAUAUCCAAAUAAACUGUUGUAAGUGAUUGUGUCAAGACCAAGUUGAAUUAAUUAUGUAGAUAUAAAGCAAAAUAUAGAAAAAAAGACAUUUUAAGGGUCUGGAUAUAAAAUGCUCAGAACAUAACUGCAUUGAUAGUUUGCUUUAAUUGUAUAUAUAUAUGUAUGGACCAAAAACAAUUGUAAAUAAAUGUGAUAAUUCUU